AUGUUCCAAUCAAUACGAUCACUUACAUCUCUCAAGGAGAUUGGUACAAGCAAUGUUCAGAUGUACAACUAUAUUUAUAGACCGUUUAGAUCGACUUCAAUGUCGCUUCAAUACGUUCAACAACAAUAUAGAGGUGGUCAGAGACCAUUCCCAACAACAGUUGGCAGCAAUGGUGGUGGCGGCUUUGGCGGCGGAAGAUACUUGAACAACAAUAGCUCCAAUCCAAGAUCGGACAAUGGCGGCGACUUUACAAACAGAGUGGCAUUCAGACGCACUGAGCAGAGAUCAGACAACAACCAGCAACAGCAACAACAAUCAAACUUUGACUUUAUCGAGGGACGCCCCAGCGGAGGCCGCAGCAACGACUUUGGCAACUCGAUGCCACCCAAGAACGUGGACUGGACUCUCGAGAACCUGCCACCCAUCAACAAGAACACUUACAAGGCCACCGACCAGGCCAACACCUGCACGCCCGCUGAGCGCGACGCCUUUUUGCUCGAUAACAACGUGUUGGUCAAGACCAAGGGCGAGACACCCUUGCCCGUCUUUGACUUUGACGCGAUGAACUUCCCCGCGCCAAUCAUCAACCUGCUCAAGAACAACUACGAGAAGCCCACCCCUAUCCAGUCGAUCGGCUGGCCAGUCGCCAUGACUGGCGGUGACAUGAUUGGUGUCUCUCAGACUGGCUCCGGCAAGACCCUGUCCUUCUUCCUGCCCGCCAUCCAGCACAUCCUGUCACAGCCACGUGAGACCGGCCCCUACACUGGCCCCCGCGUGCUCAUCAUUGCUCCAACUCGUGAGCUGUCCGUUCAGAUCUCCAACGAGGCCCAGCCAUACCUGUCGGCCGCCCGUCUCAACAGCGUCGUCAUGUUUGGUGGCGCCGCCAAGACCAACCAGAUCCGCGACAUGAGGAGAAACCCCCAGGUUGUGAUCGGUACACCAGGUCGUAUCAUCGACAUGAUGAACGACGGCUACCUCAACAUGAAGCGCGUGUCCUUCUUUGUCCUCGACGAGGCCGAUCGCAUGCUCGAGAUGGGUUUUGAGGAUCAGAUCCGCUCGAUCUUCACCAACAUCAGACCAGACCGCCAGGUGAUGUACUGGACUGCCACAUGGCCACGCAAGGUCCAGACAUUGGCCCACGAGUUCAUCGUGGACCCAGUGCACGUCCAGGUCGGAAGCACCGAGCUGGCCGCCAACCCCAACAUCAAGCAGAUGUUCACAAUCGUGGAGUCUGAGCGCGACAAGGUCACUGCCCUCGUCGACACACUCGAGAAGAUCUUCACCGAGCGUCCCGAGUCCAAGGUGAUCAUCUUCACCAUGACCAAGGGCGGAGCCGACAAGCUUAGCGAUCACAUCCGUCAGAUUGGCAACGCGCGCAUUGAAUCGAUCCACGGUGACAAGGUACAGUCGCGUCGUAUCGCCAUCAUCGAUGGCUUCAAGAAGAACUACAUAGACAUUCUGGUCGCUACUGACGUGGCCUCGCGUGGACUCGACAUCAGAACGAUCACCGACGUCAUCAACUUCUCACUGCCCUCCAACAUCGAAUCAUAUGUACACAGAAUCGGUCGCACAGCUCGCGCUGGCGCCACUGGUCACUCGCACACACUCAUCAGCAAGUCGUCGGCCAACGAUAUCGAGCUGCUACCCGAGGUCAUUCAGAUCCUGGAGAGGUCGCAGCAGGAGGUGCCCGAUGACAUCAGGGCGUUGGCGCCAAGGAGGCAGCAACACAGCCAACAGCGUUAUGGUGGUGGUCAACAGCGUGGAGGAUUCCGCGGUGGAAACAGAGGAUAUAACAACAGGCCAAGCGGUGGCUAUGGUGGCAACCGUGGUGGAUACGGCGGUGGCGGCGGUCAAUCUCGAUCUGGACCAGUGUCGUUCAAUCGUUCAGCAUCAAAUUAA